CUGCUGGGUGCUGGCUUGUCUCUUAAAGCAGAUCACAAGCAUCUUCCAGCUGGUUGGCUGUUCAUACAGAUCUGAUGAAGGUGUUUUGUCCCAAAGGAAGCCCCGUAGCUUUUCCUUCAGCCACCAGAGGAGGCCUUUCCCAAUUGGGCAGCGUGUCUGCGCGAACGCAGGAAGGCGGCCUCAUUGGUCCGCGCAGUCGGGACUCCAGCGGCUUUUCUCUUGGAGCUCAAGGCGCCGACCCACUUCUCUUCCUUCAACCGAGCGCUCCUUCUUCGGAGUUCCGGGAGCUGCGUGCCCGAAGGGAUCCAGACUCAACUAGGCCGGGUAAUCGCACUGAGGCACCAUGACGACCCUGGAUGAUAAACUGCUGGGCGAGAAGCUCCAGUACUAUUACAGUAGCAGUGAGGAUGAGGACAGCGACCACGAAGACAAGGACAGAGGCAGGGGCGCUCUGGCCGGCAGUUCGAUGCCUGCAGAUGCUGAGUUGGCAGGCGAAGGCAUCUCAGUCAACACAGGUCCAAAAGGGGUGAUAAAUGACUGGCGCCGCUUCAAACAGCUAGAGACGGAGCAAAGGGAGGAGCAGUGCCGGGAGAUGGAACGGCUGAUCAAGAAGCUGUCAAUGACCUGCACGUCCCAUCUGGAUGAAGAGGAGGAGCAGCACAGACAGAAGGAGCUCCAGGAGAAGAUCGGUGGGAAGAUGACCCUGAAGGAGUUCGCCAUGAUGAAUGAGGACCAAGAUGACGAGGACUUUCUACAGCAGUACCGGAAGCAGAGGAUGGAAGAGAUGCGGCAGCAGCUUCACAAAGGGCCCCAGUUCAAGCAGGUGUUUGACAUCCCCAGUGGAGAAGGGUUUUUAGAUGUGAUUGAUAAAGAACAGAAAAGCACCCUCAUCAUGGUCCAUAUUUAUGAGGACGGCAUUCCGGGGACCGAAGCCAUGAACGGCUGCAUGAUUUGCCUCGCUGCCGAGUACCCAGCUGUCAAAUUCUGCCGGGUGAAGAGCUCAGUUAUUGGGGCCAGCAGUCGCUUCACCAGGAACGCCCUUCCGGCCCUGCUGAUCUACAAGGGGGGUGAAUUGAUUGGCAAUUUUGUUCGUGUCACUGACCAGUUGGGGGAAGAUUUCUUUGCUGUGGACCUUGAGGCUUUUCUACAGGAAUUUGGAUUGCUCCCAGAAAAAGAAGUCUUGGUGCUCACAUCCGUGCAUAACUCUGCCACCUGUCACAGUGAGGACAGUGAUUUGGAAAUAGACUGAACUGAUAGUCUAGCCGCAUAGAUUUCUCCUUGUUUGGGCUGCAAGACAACAUGGCUGUGUAUUUAUUUUUGUUCCUUCCCAGUGUUAUGUGGCUUUUCAGCUGUUCUUUGUAGUCUCUGUUAUUUUAUGUAAAGUCAAGAACUUAGAUUAAAUUGGAAUGCUAAAUCACCUUGUGGCUAGCAGUACAAAGCGACUUUAAAUUGUAUAAACAGGAAGCCAGGCUUUUGAACUGUUUACUUAAGAGUCUGUAGCAUGACAUCUCUGUUACUGUUUCUAGUCAAUAUUUACAUAACAUCCGAAGGACAGUGUCCUGGAAAUUGUCUUCAGAUGAUCUCAGGGGUCUCUGCCAGGCCUGGGAGUAUAAUUCUAUAGUUAGUGUGUUAUUCGCAACAUAAAUAGUAUGUCUCCUUCAUCAGUGGUUAUAAAUUGUAUUUACUUGUAAUCAGAUGUUCUCUACCAGGGUCUUGUUUAAAGGUUCCAUACAAUGGAUGUUUGCCGCACCAAGAGGGGUGACCUUUGUUUUGGGAGCCAGUGUCCUGCUGAGGCAUUAUUCAGUCUUAAAUAGGAGGAAGCAUUGAGGCUGACUGCUCUCUUGAUGCUGAAAGGCCAGCUUGAUUUAAAAAAAAAAGUCAAGUCUGGCUUGGAGCUGGAAAGCCUUUUGAAAUUGGAGGAUCUUCCAA